AUGACCGACGACCAGGAACCCUCAGACUCUGAGGACACCACCACCGAGUCCGGGAGCGCGACCUUGCCUCCGCACCUCCGGCCGCCGAGCGAGCGCCUCCAGUGCCACAAGAGCAGCGUGUGCUCCCGCUCCUACUUCGUGGUGGUGAUGGUGUUUUUCCACGUUUACAUCAUUAACGUCAUCGCACUGCUGUUCUACGUGCACUACAUCAGCGGGCAGGACGACACGAGCCCGAGUCGCGACACCCCCAGCAGCGACCAUCGCCACCAGCAGCACCAGCAGCAGAACCAGCAGCACCAGCAGAACCAGCAGAACCACCAGCAGCAGCAGCAAAACACCGAGUCCCGACUUCCGCCAUCAAAAUCUGAGUUCCUGCGUGAUGUGUCCCUCACUAGGAUCGAGGGGAUUAGGGUGGGACAUGUCCAGACUGUGUCACUGGUGCCAGGCAAAGUGCACGAAAUGCGGACCCUGAGUCUGAAACCUCUGCUGUUUGAGAUCCCUGAGUUCCUGUCAGACGCUGAGUGCCGUGUCGUGAUGCAGCUGGCUCAGCUGAAGGGUCUGAUGGAAAGUCAGCUGAUGGUGCAGGAUGGUCAGGAGGACCUGGCCAAGGAACUCAACCUCAGCCCAGAAGAGAUCUUCAACCUUCUUGAUAUCAACCAGGAUGGACAGCUGCAGCUCCGUGAGAUACUCACUCAUUCUCGAGUUAGAGACGGGAUUUGGCUCACGCCGGAGAACCUGCGGGAAAUCUAUGCCGGGCUCAAAGCGGACAAGGACGGUAACGGAUUGCUUAGUCUGGAAGAGUUCAGGCUUCUGAGCAACGAUGCCUUCCAGCGCUUCCUGCUGCAGCGGGGGGUGAAGCGGAGUCAGCUGGUGAGGAACAGCAGACACACCUGGCUGUACCAGGGCAAAGGAGCACACCAGGUCCUCCAAGACAUCCAGACAAGGGUGACCCGCCUCACCCGGCUCCCCUCCACAUUAGUUGACCUCAGUGAGCCGCUCCAGGUGGUUCGCUAUGAAGAGGGCGGGCACUACCACGCCCACCAUGACAGCGGGCCCGUCUAUCCCGAAACCGCGUGCACGCACACGCGACUCGUGGCCAACACCUCCACUCCUUUUGAGACAUCUUGCAGGUACAUCACAGUUCUCUUCUACCUGAACUCUGUUGAGGGGGGCGGGGAGACCGCAUUCCCUGUGGCAGACAACAGGAGCUAUGAUGAAGUGUCUCUCAUACAGAACGACGUGGAUCUUUUGGACACCAGGAGGAAUUGUGACAAGAGUAACCUGAGGGUGAAGCCCACCAAAGGGACGGCCGUGUUCUGGUACAACUACCUUUCCGAUGGAAAAGGUUGGGUGGGCGAGCAGGAUGAAUACGCCCUGCAUGGCGGCUGUGUGGUCACCCAUGGCACUAAGUGGGUCGCCAACAAAUGGAUCAACAUUGACCCGGAUUACCAGCGGCAGGCUCGCUUUCAGCAUCUGGUAUCACGGCAACCAGAGGAAGAGGAGGAUGAUGAAGGUCUUACUCUGAACUCGGACGUACAGAGCUCCAACAUCCAUCAAGACUUAUAA